CUCACGUGCACAACACGCGUGGUUGUUGCCUGACAAGCAGAACAGAUUUACUAAGAACCACAGGCCAAGUCUAUUCGGGAACCACACCGUCGACUUCUUGAGAACUCGAGUGAGAACUCUAUCGCUGACUGUUGUUUUUUUCAUUUUUGGGGCCUGGCGGCCAUCAAAAGUUACCUUUGAUCAUGGGGAUUUUAGAGAAGAUAGCAGAAGUCGAGAGAGAGAUUGGAAGGACUCAGAAGAAUAAGGCCACUGAGUACCAUCUGGGUCUACUGAAGGCAAAACUUGCCAGGUAUCGAGCACAGCUGAUUGAACCCACGACCAAAAGCGGUCCUAAGGGGGAAGGCUUUGAUGUGAUGAAAUCUGGAGAUGCCAGAGUUGCUCUGAUUGGUUUCCCAUCUGUUGGCAAGUCCACUCUUCUGAACACACUCACCAAGACGCACAGCGAGUCGGCAUCCUAUGCUUUCACCACCUUGACCUGUAUUCCCGGGGUCAUUGAGUACAACGGUGCCAACAUCCAGCUGCUGGAUCUUCCAGGAAUCAUUGAAGGAGCUUCUCAAGGUAAGGGUAGAGGUCGUCAGGUCAUCGCCGUGGCGAGGACGGCUGACGUGGUCAUCAUGAUGCUGGAUGCAAACAAAGGAGAUGUACAAAGGCAACUACUGACGCAGGAGCUGGAGACUGUCGGCCUGAGACUGAACAAAGCCAAGCCAAACAUAUACUUCAAGAUAAAGAAAGCCGGGGGUUUAUCGUUCAACUCCACGCUGACGCUCACCAAGUGUAACGAGAAGCUUAUCCAGUUAAUCCUACACGAGUACAAAAUUUUCAAUGCCGAGGUUCUAUUCAGGGACGACUGCACACCGGAUGAGUUCAUAGACGUGGUGGUCGGAAACAGAAUAUACCUGCCUUGUAUAUAUGUGUAUAACAAGAUAGAUCAGACGUCCAUAGAGGAGGUGGAUCGCAUUGCUCACGAGCCCAACAGCGUGGUCAUCAGCUGUGAGAUGAAGCUGAAUCUAGACUACCUCCUGGAGACGACGUGGGAGUAUCUCAGCCUUAUAUGCAUCUACACCAAGAGGAGAGGAGAGAGGCCAGAUUUUGAAGGAGGAAUUAUCAUGAGAAAAGGCUGCACAGUGGAACACGUCUGCCACGCUAUACACAGAACUCUCGUCAGCAACUUUAAGUUUGCUCUUGUAUGGGGUUGCAGUGUUAAGUACAGCCCUCAACGAGUUGGCCUGCAGCAUGUCAUGAGCCAUGAAGACGUCAUACAGGUCAUGAAGAAAUAAAAGAUUCAGAUCCUCGGAUUAGAAUUUAACAUAUGUGGGGUGUCAGUUAUUUAGUUUAACAAUACCCUUUCCUCUCUGGACUUGUCUUUAUUUUCUCCUCAAACUUCCUGCUUUUUGCUCUAAGCUUGCUUUUACAAUUUAUCACAGCCCAAAAGUAAAGACACAAAUGGAAGAAUUAGAUUUUACAUUUUUUUGGUAGAAUUCCUUCUUUUUAUGGCCCAAAUAAAUAAAUAA